AGACAGCAGCAAAUUUGGUCCUUCCUCAAUGCUCAUUGACUGAUUUCUUGUUUAAUAAACGUUUAGUUAUGAAAAUACUUACUUGAUGAUGAUGGCGGGGCAGUUUGCUGGUGACUGGUAGCACUUAUGAAAAUUCAAAGACACCAAAACAAAUUAAUAAUCAGAGAAAUGGACGUUUCCAUAUCCUCUAUUAAUUCACGCCAUAUCUUGUCAAUUAAUGCAGCCACCUAAUCCUGAAAUUUAAAAACUACCACCAAUCAUUCGUCUUUUCGAACUGUAGUUGAAGUCAAAACAAAAAAAUCUGCAAUAUAUAUGGAAUGAAUUCGUUGAAAUUUCUACCUUUGAUCAACUGGGUUUCAAUCCUCUUUGUUGGCCUUGCCUUUUUUGUUUUUCUCUUCAAGAAAAGCCCAUCCCUUUCAUCUCUGUCCAUGGCAACCUCUGAAGACUCCCCACAAACUAUUUGUGAUUUUACUGUUAAGGAUGCUCGGGGAAAUGAUGUGCCCCUUAGCAAUUACAAAGGAAAAGUGGUGCUUAUCGUAAAUGUUGCUUCAAAAUGCGGUUUAACAGAGGCGAACUACAAGGAGCUGAAUGUUUUGUAUGAGAAAUACAAAGAUCAAGGUUUUGAAAUUUUAGCAUUUCCUUGCAACCAAUUUGCUUGGCAAGAACCUGGAACUAAUGAAGAGAUCCAGGAAACUGCAUGUACUAGGUUUAAAGCUGAAUUCCCCAUAUUUGAAAAGGUAAGUUGGUCGUGACUAACAUCUUUUUGAAAAAUCUGGUAUGAGUGCAUGAUUUCAUAGCUCUGAAGAACCAUAAGUUCAGUAUGGGCCAGUAAUCACAGAUAUGCACAGGCUUGUUUCCUCUGGGAUGUGGAAACAGAGAUGUUUAAAUACAGGAGCCAAGAACAAAUGGUUUGCGCAACCACUAACUCUGUUCCUAAGUCACCUCUCCCUAUGAUAAAGCCUUUUAGGUUUCCCAUAUUUGUGUGUUCUGAAUACUAGUUCAUGAACUAAUGAUCUUGUUAUGAUCAACUGUUAUAAAUUAUCUUAGGAAGGGAUUACAUACAAUACUCUUCUGUGUGAUUUUGGAUAGGAUCCUGGCUUGAGAAAUCUGAUGAUCAAAUGCUAAGAGUGGAAUGCAAUAUGAAUGGAAACACUGUGAAGUAUUUGGUGUUUCCACUGAUAAAAAAUGCGCUUGGCCAUCAUUUGAACUGUUGACAAAGCCCAACAUUAUACAUAUUUCUUCUGUAGAUAAGAAAUGAACUUGGUUUUUGUUUCAAUAUAUUAAAACGUACCCUUUUCCUUGAAUGAGAAGAAGCAUUCAGCCCAGAGAGAAAAACCUCUGUCAUAUGAUGUGUACUACCUCUGUAUUUUAGUUUGUCAAAUUCAGAGGGUAGAUCUUUUGGCUGGAGUCCUUUUUUCCAACCAAUACAUCGGUUGGUUAUUUAUUAGUUUAGAAAGAUCCGACUGUAUUCGGUGAAAGUUCAAAACUGUACUAACUUUUGUUGUUACUUUCAAUAAGGGAGGUUGACAAAGUUGGCGUAGAGGGGAGUAUUCUAUGCCAGUUCAUUACCUUACGAAACCAAUAUGGACUGUAAGAGAGUAAGAAGUUAAAACAAACAGUAUAUCAUUUGCACUCUGAAAAUUUGGACCAAAUGUAGAGAUACGUAUUGGGAGAACAUUGGACACUAAUCACAAAAUUCAUGAAAGUUUAUUAUGCUAUAUUUUGUUAUAUAUUUUGUAUUUGAUUAAUAAUGCUCAAGUCAUGGUGUAACCUGCCAAAAUUACCUUUUUCUGUAAUAUCAUCAGAUCGAUGUGAAUGGGAAAAAUGUUGAUCCGCUCUAUAAGUUCCUGAAAUCACAAAAAGGAGGCCUGCUGAUCAAUGCUAUCAAGUGGAAUUUUACGAAGUUUUUGAUUAACAAGGAAGGAAAGGUUGUGGAGCGAUAUGCUCCUAGAACUUCACCACUUGAAAUUGAGGUCAGAUUUGCUACAUACCUUGCUGCCCUUUUUUCUCUUUCCUCAAAUCAAAAAGACGAUGGAAAAAGUUGAAGCAGCUUAUAGAGAACUUCCUCGUUUUCCUGUAAUAGAUGAAGCCUGAGUCUCUUGGUCUAAAUAGUUUGCUGAUGCAUUUGACUUUAUCUUCUUUUAAACAACUUUGUUCUGCAGGAAGACAUUAAAAAACUACUUGCCUCUUCUUGAGCAGGUAAAGUUUCCAUUAUUUACUGUGCGACUUAUUUUCCACAAUGAUCUAAUUUUCUAGCAUAUUGUAUCAUUUUUCUUCUUAGUGUAAGAGAUAGGAGUCAUUUUGUAUUGGAUAGUUGCAUUUCCACUCAGUUGUUCAGAUGCAAAGUACAUUGAUCGUUUAUAAAUCACAUAUACCGCCUAUAAUGGAACUGAAGAGAGCAAGCAAAUAUUUGAAACUAAAAGAAAGUAGAUUUUAUCACCUAGACAACCCCUCAUAUUAUGUUCAGAGAGACAUUAAUGAAUACAUUAGGUUCUUUUGGAGUUGCACUUGGAAUGUCAGUAAGUCACCUCCCUGCUUUUCCUGCUGCCUAAGCCAGUCACUCUUAAAUUCUCAAUUUGAUUACUCCUCUGAGAGUCUGCGCCACAUGCACCAAGCCUUAUAGGUUUUAGUUAUAUUCUCUUGUGAAUUAUACUUUUGUCUUGUCUAUUAGGUUUAUUAAUCGUAGUCCUUUCACGAAUCUUGAACCUUUCUGAAUAUUUCUAAACGUUAGGCUAAGUUUGCAAUCAAUGGUCAUAUGCAAUAUCAGUUUGAUUGUUUCUUUUAGGGAUAAGAAGUACAGUGGGCAUGGAUGGUGUUUAUAUCUAAAUUAAGAAGUUAUAAUGAUGGUUUUUGCAAACUUGGCAGGAGUUCUGAAUACAAACUGGGAUGGAGUUUGCAGAUGGAUUCAUUUGAGAUCGUCACGUAUAAAUCAUUUGGAAAACCUGUAUGUUUUUUGAAAAGGGAAAACCUGUAUGUUACUUAUGGGAAGAAAAAAAAAAAAAUCAAAUUAUGACAAGAGUAAUCUGGUCAAAUGAUCCUUUACAUUUGUCAAAAAAAUCAAUUUGGUUCUUAACAUUAAAAAUUCACUAGUUUGGUCCAUUACAUUAGUGUUUUUCACUAAUUUGGUCCUUUUUUUUUUUACACUUAAUAUUUGGAUAUGCUUGGGUUGACUAUUUUGGGAUCAAGUCAAUAAGGGUACUUUUGGUAAUGCU